UGAUAACUCAGUGCGUUAUGUUUGAAAAAAUUCCCCGCUGGAAAUCACGAUAUUAUCAUAAUAAACAUUAAUCAGCUGUUGCUCGCUGAUAGCAUAGCUAUUAAUACGUUUUAGUUUAUAUAUAUAUUUACAGUUUCACAAUUUGGUAAUUUUAAUCAAUAAAGGUGAAUAAUGAGUCAUCAUUGAGGACUAAAGCGGGGUAUACACAUGCAGACCAGGUCGCAAGUCAGUUCACUGUACACUUGUCCAACAUGUUGUUCAGACAUCAUUUUGUUGUAAUCGUUGAAACGGAUAUAGCAACAGAAGAGGAAAUUGUAGCGCUACUUGAAAUUUCGGCCAUACGGUCUGCAUACAACACUAUACAUGUUGCUACCCGUCGCAAAGACGAUCAGAUAAAUUGAAGCAUUUCAACUUCGAAUUUGGUUUCUAUACCCGUCUAUACACGAUGUGAUGGUAGGCAAUACUUGACAUGUAGCACAGACAUGUCCGCAAGUGUAUAUUCUGCUUAAAAUUAGUUUUUAUUUCACCAGCUCUUUUAUCAGAUUUGUUUAGUUCCAUUGAGUAAGUUAAACAUUUGCUCUAUUUUUGGACGGUUAAAUAUAAUAAAAAUAUUAUUAUUUUACAUAUAUUCAUCAAUAAGAACACGCAGUCGUUUGCCAUCGCUUAAUUCACUUGUGUCACUUUUGGCGUUAUUUUCGAUUAUUAAAAUGAAGAUAUUGCUGUCGCGACCAGAACGCGUAGCUAUUGACUAUGCGAUACAAAAUUUCGCUGAGGUCAUCCAGAGCUCUGAAUAUCUAGAUUAUACGCCUGAGUUCUUAGAGAAGUUAUAGUCGCUGACGAACUAGAUGUAGACUGUGAGUUCGAUGUCUUCGAGGCUAUUAUGCAUUGGUAUGAACAUGAUAAGACGGAACGCGAAAAGUGUCUUGCAACGCUAAUAAGCUCCACAAGACUCGUACAAUUCGAUACAGUCUUUAUAACGCAGCAUAUACAAAUUUUGCCCGGUUGUGAGCAGAUUGCCAGAAAUGCAUUGAAGUUGAUCUCGGAAACGGAAAAAUGUGCGACUCCGCCUACUUUAGUGCAUACGAAACCGAGAAAGAAGCGGCUGUGUCUCUUGGCUAUACAGAACUCUGCAACUCUACCUUCUAAGCAAGUAAAAUAUCUCCAGAGAUACAACCGUGCACUUGAUGUGUGGCAGAAAUGCUGUGAAGUUGAAAAUCUCGAUUGCAUCUACGAUUUGGUGCUUCAUCAUGAAAGCCUACUAUUAUUCGGAGCACGUACCGACGGCCUGCAGAAGGACACCACAAUCAAAAGUUUCGAUUUGAAGACAUUUACAUGGAAUAAAACAGUGAAGUUGGAGCGGCGUCGCGAUGAACUGUGUGUGGCGCUCUAUGGUGAUAGCAUUUACACCUUUGGUGGCUAUGAUGGUUCCCAAGCACUCAACACUGUAGAAAUUUUCGAUAUCCACAAGAGCUGUUGGCAGCCCCGUGCAAGUAUGAACGUUUGCCGUUAUGGUGCCAGCACCAUCAUUUAUGAUGAAAAGAUUUUCAUAUUUGGUGGUUGGAGUGCUGGCGGGGAACCACUCAACUCCGUUGAGUAUUACGAUCCGAAGAAAAAUGUUUGCGUCAAAUGCACAAAUAUGUUCGAGGCACGCGGUAGACCUGGUCUCGCUCUUUUGAAUUACCGCAUUUUUAUUAUUGGCGGUCAUAAUAAUGAUGGAGCGCUUACAAGCGUGGAGCGAUAUGAUCCAGAGGAAGAUAUUUGGAUAACGAUUUCCAUCGAUCAUUUAGCGCGGUACGGUAUUUCUGCUAAGACAAUGGGCGACCAUGGAGUUUAUGCUAUCCGAGAGCGCGAUUAUCUUCGUCUGCCAGUGACCGUUAAAAUGCCGUUAUCUGUUUAUGGCUCCAACUUUUAUGUAGAAGUGCCUAAUAAUUACAUUGAUAAAUUGCAAACAAAGUUCUUAAGUCGACAUAAAUUUUCGGCAGCUACAGGUGUGUUCAAAAAAUAAUGGGAAUUUUAAAAUUUCCAAAUUGUCAAAUUAUGAAGUCGACACCAUUAAUGUAAACGAAUGAAUAAAUAUUUAAUGAAAAUUACCGUUAUUUUUUGUACACAGCUCAUAUUUUAAUUAUAUUAAUUAUAAGUUGUAAAACUAUAAGUCAUUUAAUAUUGUAUUGAAAUUGCAUUACAAACAAAUACACCGAAUUUUUGUAUAAUACAUUUGAGU